AUGACAGCGCAACUUUGUUCGAUUAGUUCUGUUUCGACCAGCUGGAAAAGAAAAGCGAGGAUAAUCAAACUGGCGAUUUGUAGACAAGCUGUAUUUGAUAUUAUGCAGUUUAAUGCUCGUGAUCCAUAUUUGGUGGCUGAUCCGAAUACCUUCCCCACGUUUGGCUGGUUUGAUAACCUCGAUGAUUGUGCGCGAAACCCAUGCCCGUUUCAGGGGAACUUGGAGGAGCAGGUCAAUAUAUUGUUGAGUUCCUUAUCGGUGCCAGAGCCGAAGACCAGUGAGAAAGACAAGAAAUCGGACUUGCAUCUGAUUGCUGAAGUUGCUUAUGUUGAUUCGCAUAACCUUUGGUCGCCGGCUGGGUCUGAUUAUUCGCAGAGACAGGAGGAGGAGGUUUCGUAA